CUGCUACAAAAUUCGGGAAUCUACAUAUACCGGGUGAGCACUAUGUUCCUUCUGCAUCACGUCUAGACAGAAGAACACCUUCAGAUUACUUUUGUAAAUCCUUACACGACAUGCACGAUAAGGAUUACACAGGACUUGCCGUCGACAACCUAGCUUUACCAAAUAUACAACCAAAGACGAAAUCAACCACAAUAACUGCCACUACAGCCAUCGUCAACCCUGUUCUUAUUAGUCAAUUGAAACCUUUUGAUGGACAAGCAGGUGGCAAAAUCAAAAUGUUUGCUGAUGGGGAUGAACGGACCAGGCGUCUUUUUGGAAAGGGCCCACUUGAUGAUAUGACGAAGAAUGCUAACGGUAACCUCGGCGAGGACGGCGACCGUCUUGCGAUGUUGCAGGAUGAGAUCGCGACUCCGAAAGACAAACGACGACUAGUCUUGGGGCAGAUCCUCAAACUCGAAGAAAAGAAGCGUCGUUUCAUUCGAAACACCCGGAACAACCAAGGGAAACUCCGGGUGGCCCGGCAAAAACGACACAAACUCGAAGACUUCAGUCAUUCCAAGGUUGAUUUUCGACUUCAACAAGUUCUACAGCUCGAGAAGGAGAAGACUGACAUGGAAGAGAAACUGGAUAGAUUCGAGGACAUUGGAAUAGCCCUUGCUAUGCAAAAAGAAGAAAAACAUCGACGUCUGCUUGAAACCAUCGACAAUGCCCCGGCGGCACUUUAUCGCAAAGAGAGUGAAUUAUUUGAAGAGCGCCACCAUGAAGAGGUUGUUCGCUAUCAAGUUCUUUUCGGAUUGUUUCUUACUCUCCUCGCUGUUCUUCUCAUUACAUACUUUUGUCGCUAUGGUGACAAGGAGAAACCAAUAGCAAGCAAAGAAGGCAUUUUCUAUUAAACCGUUAUUAAAGCUCAUGAGAAUAAACGCCAUAAUAAUGUUGGAUUGUUUUACGAAAUGGUAUUUCAGAUAAAAGAAAAAACAUUUUUACCAACUUAAGCUGAAGAUAUUAGUAUCAGAAUUGAUUCAAUGAUUUUAAGAGGAUUUAUUUCGCUUAGAGAAGGAAGAUUCAUGCACUUCUAUAAUUUGUUUCGUUGCAUCGUUCAAUAUACAGCUUCGGCAUUGAUAUAUAAUGGUUAUUAUCACAUAACAGAUCUUACAUGCUGUUCAUUUCAUCCUAAAAUACAAGAACUUGAAGAACAAAAUGCGGACUCGUCAACUUGAUCCUGCCAUUUAUAACUUAAAAAGUGACUUUGGAAAUAGAAAACUUUCAAAAUUGGUUUUAAUGGACCAUGUCUGUGAAUAUGUUAUCAUAAAUAAUUCUGAGAUAGUUGGUAUCUUUGAAAGAGAAAUGAACCAGUAAAACCUCUAGCGAGAAGCGAUUAAUAACUCAAUGUAUUCAUUGUGAAAAGUCUAAAAGUUAUGAAUGAAAUAAACGAAAUUAGAUGA